AUGCAAAGAUUACUCAUUUGGAAUGCAUAUCUUUGUGGUGUUAUCAGUAGCGAGUACAUUACAAGAGGUAAUGGGAAUAUUGCGAAAAUUCCUGAACUCAAAGAUGGUGUUGGCCUUUGCAGUGGAAAAGAAGAUGGAGAAUCUUUUCUAUACGAUAGAAUUGCAGGAUUUGACGAGGUAAUUUCUAAGGAUCCUUUGAAUAUUGAUGCUUAUUUCGGGUUAAUAUCGUGCAUAAAUGAUUCGGGGUUGGGUGAAUACGGAAAUGUCUUGAAAAGAAUUGAGAAAGCCAUGAAUAUUUGUAAGCAAGAAAAUAAGAAGCUGUGUUUGAGAGAAUGUAAGUUAUUUGUUGCUGAAAUACUGGUUCUCCAAAGAGAAUAUAGUGAUGCGUUGAAGAUAUAUGAAGAACUUGUUGAGGAAAACAUUUUGGAUUGUAGACCUUAUCUUUGUCAAGGUAUUGUCUAUACUUUGUUGAAGAAACCGAAAGAAGCUAAGAAAUGUUUUGAAAGUUACGGAAUAAUUGGUCCAAAAGGACAUCCUUACGUUAGACAAUUUGAAGGUGUUAUUUGGUCCUUGAAGGUAAUUCCAGAGUUCGUAUAUUAUCACGAAAUGUAUGUUAGUUUGCUUCAUUUUGCAGGGAAGAAUCUUGCAUUGCCAUUUUAUCUGCCACAAGGCACAUUGGUUUAA